AUGGAAAGAGCUAUUGCUGAAGCUCUGGUUUCCAGUGUCAUCUCUCAGCUUGCCAACCUCCUCGCACAAGAAGCUGCUUUCUUAAGUGGGGUCAGGGAUCAAGUCGAAUGGGUGAAAGCACAACUCCAGCUAUUGCAAGGUUUCCUCAAAGAUGCCGAGUCCAGAAAGAGGGGAGAUGCAAGAAUGGAGAUCUGGAUAAAGCAGAUGAAAGAUGUGGCAUAUGAAAUAGAAGACAUCAUAGGCACCAUCAAGUACAUGGGCGAGAGGCAGCGUCAGAGGAGAGGCUUCAUGGGCACCAUUUCCAGGUACUCUCACAAACCUGGUGAAUUGAUUACCCUACAUAAAAUUGGUUCUGAAAUUGAAAAAAUAAAUGAAAAGAUCCAGAAUCUUUUCGCGAGCAAAGAUACAUAUGGCAUUACUGAUAUAGGUGGAAGUAGUGCGGUGGAUGAAAUUUCGCAAUCACUCAGACAAUCCUCUCCUCACUCUGAUGAUGAUGACAUUGAUGUUAUAGGCUUCGAGAAUGAUAAGAAAGAAAUAGUGUGUCAAUUGCUUGAUGGGAAUGAGAAAGCACGAUGUGUAAUUUCUAUAGUGGGUAUGGGUGGACUAGGCAAGACCACCCUGGCAAGUAAAGUGUACAAUGACCCUGCAAUUAAAAAAUAUUUUGAUACCUCUGCUUGGGUUUCAGUUUCUCAGAGCUACCGAGUUAUCGAGCUAGUGAAGGACAUCAUGAAAAAAGUAAUGGGAAUCAAAAAGAAGAAAGAAACAACUACAGAAAUUACUGAAGAAGACUUAGAGCAGAUGGGUGAAGAAGAAGUGAGAGAGAAGCUCCGUGAUUUCCUAAGAGACAGAAAGUAUUUGGUCGUGAUGGAUGAUGUAUGGAGUGUUGACGUUUGGGGACAAAUGCAUCCAUUCUUUCCUAAUGGAAACAACGGCAGCAGAAUACUGCUUACUACCCGUGAGAUGGAAGUUGCAAACCGUGCCAGGUCAAGCUUUCCUCCAUAUAAACUGCACACUCUGGAUGACACACAGAGUUUGGAACUCUUGUGUAGGAAGGCAUUUCCACUAAAACAAGAUGUCCCCGCUGAUUUGAAGGAAUUGGCCAAGAGACUUGCAAAGAGGUGCGGUGGACUUCCUCUUGCACUGGUGGCGUUAGGGGGCCUUCUGUCAGGAAAAGAUUCUACCUAUGAUGCGUGGUGGAGUGUAGCUCAGAGCAUGAAUUGGGAAGAUGGUCCAGAUGGGAAGAAGUGCUUCAAUAUAUUGGGCUUAAGUUACAAUGACUUGCCGUAUCUGUUAAAACCAUGUUUUCUAUACAUCGCUGCGUUUCCAGAGGACUCCAUUAUCUCUGCUUCCAAAUUAGUGAGGUUGUGGGUCGCCGGAGGUUUCAUACCGGAAGAGCAGAGAAGGACAAUGGAAGAAACUGCUAGAGUUUGGCUGGAUAAUUUGGUCCAGAGGUGCAUGAUCCAGGUUGUCGAGAGAAGCAAGGCUGGCGGGCGGGUUAAGAGCAUACGCAUCCAUGAUCUGUUAAGGGAAUUUGGCCAAUCGGAAGCCAGAAGGGAUGGAUUUCUUCAAAUUUGCAGCAGUGACAACAUGGCAGUAUCUAUAUGGAGUCAUCGUGCGGCUUUCCACAAUCGUAUAAAUGACGAGGUUGCUGUUUCCUCACCACAUCUCCGCACUCUGCUGGGCUUCAAUUUGAUUUUGACUAAUGGGAGAAGAUUUUUGAAUGGGUUAAACUUAUUAAGGGUGCUGGAUCUCGAGGGCACAAGAGAUCUUAAGGAGUUACCGAAACAGAUCGGCAGCAUGAUUCAUCUACGAUAUCUGGGAUUGAGAAACACUAGUUUGAAGAGACUGCCAUCCUCCAUCCGACAUCUCCUGAAUCUGCAGACUCUGGAUGUGAGUGGUACAUACAUUUAUUGGCUUCCGAAAUCAUUUUGGAAAAUCCGGACACUGAGGCACGUAUAUAUUAAUCUACACAUGUUUCUAAGCGCACCGAUAGGUGGUGAUCACAAAAACUUGCAGACUCUGCAAAUCGAGGAGUCUGAAUUUGGUCUGGAUGCUAUGGAUAUUGUCCGUUUACGAGGCAUAAGAUUCAUCAAAAAAUCGGUUACUACACCAAGCUUUACUACGGAGGUGCAUGAUCCAGGUUGUCGAGAGAAGCAAGGCUGGCGGGCGGGUUAAGAGCAUACGCAUCCAUGAUCUGUUAAGGGAAUUUGGCCAAUCGGAAGCCAGAAGGGAUGGAUUUCUUCAAAUUUGCAGCAGUGACAACAUGGCAGUAUCUAUAUGGAGUCAUCGUGCGGCUUUCCACAAUCGUAUAAAUGACGAGGUUGCUGUUUCCUCACCACAUCUCCGCACUCUGCU